AUGCUUCUCUCUGGAAGACUCAUUCUUCGUCUCCGAAGAAACCCCAACACAACCUCCACCGUAACACUAAGAUGCCUCAAAACCAUUACAAACACCAUUGCCACCGAACAUGGAAGCAACACAACAGGAAGAGGAGGCAGAGGCGUAUCAAACGACGACUAUUUCACAACAAUCCACCAUGUUUCCAACAUAGUCCGGCGUGACAUUUACAUGGAGAGAACCCUUAACAAGAUGUGCAUUUCCACCAUUGUUAACUCUGAGCUAGUAUACCGUGUUCUACGCAGCUGCUGCAACUGUGGAAUUGAGUCCUUUCGCUUCUUCAAUUGGGCGCGAACACACCAUCCUCAGUAUGAUCCAACAACCUUUGAAUUCGAAGAACUCCUAAAAACCCUAGCUCGCACACGCCAUUGGGAGACCAUGUGGAAAGUUGCUCAUCAAAUGAAAUCUCGGAACAUCUCCAUUUCACCCACUGUCAUUUCCUUUAUCAUUGAGCAUUAUGGUAAGCACGGUCUCAUUGAUCAAGCCGUAGAACUCUUCAAUCGCUCUAAGAACUUUAAUUGUCCCCAAACUACAGAAAUUUACAAUUCCUUGCUUUUUGCUCUCUGUGAGGUUAAGAAUUUUCAAGGCGCUUAUGCAUUGAUUCGGAGGAUGGUUCGAAAAGAUGCAGUCCCUGAUAAGAGGACUUACUCGAUUCUGAUUAAUGGGUGGUGCUCGGCGGGCAAAAUGGGCGAGGCCCAAGAGUUCUUAGAGGAGAUGAGUCGAAAGGGUUUCAAUCCACCAGUGCGAGGACGGGACCUUUUGAUUGAUGGGUUGUUGAAUGCGGGCUAUCUCGAAUCCGCAAGAGGCUUAGUGAGGAAAAUGACCAAGGAAGGAUUCGUGCCAGACGUGGGCACGUUCAAUUCUUUGGCAGAAGCUGUAAGCAAAUCCGGGGAGGUUGAUUUUUGUAUUGAGCUUUACCAUGAUGUGUGUAGACUGGGGCUUUGUCCUGAUAUCAAGACUUAUAAAAUCAUGAUAACCACAGUUUCUAAAGUGGGUAAGAUUGAUGAGGCAUUUAAGAUUCUUCAUAACUCCAUCGAGGAUGGGCACCGGCCAUUUCCUAGUUUAUAUGCUCCAAUUCUAAAGGCGCUUUGUAGGAGAGGUCAAUUUGACGAUGCAUUUAGCUUUUUCAGUGAUAUGAAGGUGAAGGGACAUGCACCAAAUCGGCCAGUUUAUACCAUGUUAAUAAAGAUGUGUGGACGUGGUGGUAGAUUUGUUGAGGCUGCUAAUUAUUUGGUUGAGAUGACGGAGUUGAAUUUGUCGCCCAUGUCGCGAAACUUUGACAUGGUUACUGAUGGAUUAAAGAAUUGUGGGAAGCAUGAUCUAGCUAAAAAAAUAGAGCAGCUGGAAAUAUCUCUUCGGGUUUCACUUCAGAAAGCUCGUAGGAGCUACCUAAAGCAAGGAAAUAGCAGAGAUGAGGGCAAUCUGGGUCUGACGCAUGAAAGCUGGACUGAACGUAAAUGUCAGUUGGAGGACUGA